AUGCCAGCCAGCAUUUCCAUGUCACUGCCAGAGGAUGUCAGGAAAAGGCUACAGGUGCUGGAUGAGGAUGGAGUUUCAGAUGAGGAUCAAGUGAAGGAGAAGCUUAGUUUGCUGCAGGACUUUCUGAAUACCAGCAUUUUGGACAAGCUCAAGAACUUGAAGGAACAAAUGACAAGUUCUGAAAUCACAAAGGAGUCAUAUCUCUCCAAAGUAAAAGCUGUCUUGGGAAAGGAGCUUUCUCUUGAAAAUGGGUCCCAUACUGAUGGUUUGGAGGAAAGCGGAAAAUCUAACGGCCUCACCAAUGGCUCUCACAAAGAAGACAAUGGUGAUGUAGUAAUGGAGGAAGAAGAAUCUGAUUCACUGAAAUCACCUGGAUCAGUUAAAGGAAAGGGAAGACGCAAGAGCAAGACAAACUCUGACUCUAAAAAGUCUCCAGCAAGUUCUAGAGUUACACGAAAUGGCAGCACACAACCCACAAUAAUGUCAAUGUUUUCCAAAGUUCAAAAACGCAAGUCUGAAGACUUGAAUGAUGGAGCAGUCAAUGGUCAUGAAGAAAAGAAAGAUGACAUUGAAGAGGUUCAAGAUGAAAAGAGGCUUAAAGUAGACAUUGAUCCGAAACCAACUGAAGAAUCAAAGCCUGCCGUUUCAAAAACUGUUACUGCAAAGACACCACCACCAAAGUGCACAGACUGCCGCCAAUACCUCGAUGACCCUGAUCUUAAAUUUUUCCAAGGGGAUCCAGACAAUGCUCUGGAUGAACCAGAAAUGUUGACAGAUGAGAGACUUUCCCUGUUUGACUCAAAUGAAGACGGUUUUGAAAGUUAUGAGGAUCUGCCACAGCACAAAAUUACAAAUUUCAGUGUGUACGAUAAGCGUGGACACCUCUGCCCUUUUGAUGCUGGUUUAAUUGAAAAGAAUGUUGAGCUCUACUUCAGCUGUGUUGUCAAACCAAUCUAUGAUGACAAUCCAUGCAUGGAUGGUGGUGUUCCUGCUAAAAAACUUGGGCCGAUCAAUUCCUGGUGGAUCACUGGCUUUGAUGGAGGGGAAAAAGCACUUAUUGGUUUCACUACAGCGUUCGCGGAUUAUAUUCUAAUGCAUCCCAGUGAGGAGUACAGCCCCAUCUUUGCUCUAAUGCAAGAGAAAAUCUACAUGAGUAAGAUCGUUGUAGAGUUCCUGCAGAAAAACCCUGAUGUGUCUUAUGAAGAUCUCCUGAACAAGAUCGAGACAACGGUGCCCCCUGCAGGAUUGAACUUUAACUGCUUCACGGAAGACACGCUGCUGAGACACGCUCAGUUUGUAGUGGAGCAGGUGGAAAGCUACGAUGAGGCUGGAGACUCGGAUGAACAGCCAAUCAUCGUCACUCCCUGCAUGAGAGACCUUAUCAAACUCGCUGGAGUCACUCUGGGGAAAAGCAUGCUGCUGUACUGUUGCCAGAACAAAGGCCGGGCGCUGCAGACUUCAGGUUUUCUUCCCACAUGUUUCUUCGGCACAUCUAUUCCCUGGAGGGCAGCGCGCAGACAAGCUAUUCGACAUCCCACAAAGAUCGAAAAGGACAAGGGCCCGACGAGGGCCACCACCACCAAGCUCGUGUACCAGAUCUUCGACACAUUCUUCUCUGACCAGAUCGACCAAAAUGACAAAGAGAACGGUCCGCUGAAACGCCAGCGCUGUGGUGUUUGUGAGGUUUGCCAGUCUGCUGAUUGUGGCAAAUGUAGCGCCUGUAAGGACAUGAUUAAAUUUGGGGGAAGUGGAAAGAGUAAGCAGGCGUGUAAGAAAAGAAGGUGCCCUAACCUUGCCGUCAAAGAAGCUGAGGAUGAUGAAAACAUUGAAGAGGAGGACGUGCCUGUAGAGAAGCCUAAAAAGCCUUCCACAACAAAGAGGAAGAAGCAGAGCCAGUCCAAGCUCUCGUGGAUCGGAGAGCCUGUUAAGGAAGGUAAAAAGCAGUAUUACAGGAAAGUCUGUGUGAACGAUGAGGAGCUGGAGGUUGGAGACUGCGUUUCAGUUCUGUCUGAGGAUCCGUCUACUCCUCAGUAUCUUGCCAGGAUCACUUCACUUUGGGAGGCCAGCGGUGAGAAGAUGUUCCACGCCCACUGGUUCCAUCGAGGGACCAACACCGUGCUGGGGGAGUCCUCGGACCCCCUGGAGCUCGUGCUUGUGGACGAGUGUGAAGACAUGCAGCUCAGUUACAUCCAAGGCAAAGUCAACGUUAUGUACAAAGCUCCGUCUGAGAACUGGUUUAUGGAGGGUGGGAUGGAUGACGAGAUCAAGGUCAUUGACGAUGACGGCAAGAGUUUCUUUUAUCAGUUUUGGUACGACACUGAAUUUGCCCGUUUUGAAACUCCUCCUAAAACUGUUCAACCAGAUGACUCAAAGUUAAAGUUCUGCAACAGCUGUGUCAGAAACUCAGAAAAGGAGGAGCAGGCGACCCCUCGAGUGUUUGAACCUUUGGACAAUGAAGACGACGACUCGAAAGCCUUCUAUGCUUUGGCUUGUUUCAAAGGAGAACAGUUCAAAGUGGGAAAUGGUGUUUACCUACCACCAGACACUUUUCACUUCAGUGUAAAACCAGCCAGUCCAGUGAAGCGCUCUCACAGGAAAGAGGAUGUGGAUGAAGACUUGUAUCCGGAAUAUUACAGGAAGUCUUCAGAUUACAUCAAGGGUUCAAACCAGGAUGCCCCGGCGCCUUUCCGCGUCGGCCGCAUUAAGGAGAUAUUUUGUCAUAGACGCAGCAACGGAAAACCGGACUCGACAGAGGUCAAACUUCGGCUUUACAAACUCUACAGGCCUGAGAACACGCACAAAGGGGUGAAGGGCAGUUACCACACAGACAUUAAUCAGCUCUAUUGGAGCGAUGAGGAGGUGACCGUGAACAUGUCAGAGGUCCUCGGCCGCUGUCAGGUCGAAUAUGGAGAAGACCUCACAGAGUCUGUCCAGGAGUACUCCAGCGGAGGACCUGACCGUUUCUACUUUCUUGAGGCCUAUAAUGCAAAGACUAAAAGCUAUGAAGAUCCACCAAAUCACGCUCGCUCUGCUGUUAACAAGGGAAAAGGAAAGGGCAAAGGGAAAGGAAAAGGCAAAGGAAAGGGGGCUGCAGCACAGGAGACACCAGAGUCUCAGACUGGACCACAGGAAGUCAAACUGCCCAAAUAUCGUACGUUGGACGUGUUUUCUGGCUGUGGAGGCUUAUCGGAAGGCUUCCAUCAAGCAGGUAUCUCCGAGACCAACUGGGCCAUAGAGAUGUGGGAGCCUGCAGCUCAGGCCUUCAGGCUCAAUAACCCCGGCACCACAGUGUUCACUGAGGAUUGUAAUGUUUUGCUGAAGCUGGUCAUGUCUGGAGAGAAGACUAACUCUUUAGGCCAGCGGCUGCCGCAGAAGGGGGAUGUGGAGAUGCUCUGUGGAGGACCCCCAUGCCAAGGCUUCAGCGGCAUGAACCGCUUCAACUCUCGCACCUACUCCAAAUUCAAGAACUCCUUGGUCGUCUCCUACUUGAGUUACUGUGACUACUACAGGCCGAGGUUUUUCUUACUUGAGAACGUGAGGAACUUUGUUUCCUUCAAAAGCUCCAUGGUGCUGAAGUUGACACUGCGGUGUCUAGUACGAAUGGGAUAUCAGUGCACUUUUGGGGUUCUCCAGGCUGGACAGUAUGGUGUGUCCCAGACUCGUAGGAGAGCAAUUAUUUUAGCCGCUGCUCCGGGAGAGAAGUUGCCGCGUUACCCAGAGCCUCUGCACGUGUUUGCCCCCAGAGCCUGCUCCCUCAAUGUGGUCGUGGACGAGAAGAAAUAUUUCAGCAACGCCACAAGAGGUAACGGUGGAAUCUACCGGACCAUCACUGUGAGAGAUGCCAUGUCAGAUCUGCCAGAGAUCAGAAACGGUGCAGCGGCGCUGGAGAUCUCAUACAACGGAGAACCACAGUCCUGGUUCCAGAGGCAGAUCCGAGGCACACAGUAUCAGCCCAUCCUCAGAGACCACAUCUGCAAGGACAUGAGCGCUCUGGUGGAGGGUCGAAUGCGGCACAUUCCUCUGGCCCCCGGCUCUGACUGGAGGGACCUGCCCAACCUGGAGGUGCGACUGAAGGACGGCACCAUGACCAGGAAGCUCCGCUAUUCUCACCCCGACAAGAAGAACGGCCGCAGCAGCACCGGGGCUCUGAGGGGUGUCUGCACGUGUGCUACAGGGAAGCCGUGUGAUGCUGCUGACCGGCAGUUCAACACUCUGAUCCCCUGGUGUCUGCCUCACACUGGCAACCGCCACAACCAUUGGGCCGGACUGUAUGGGCGCCUGGAGUGGGACGGCUUCUUCAGCACCACAGUGACCAACCCUGAGCCCAUGGGCAAGCAGGGCCGUGUGUUGCACCCGGAGCAGCACAGAGUGGUCAGUGUGAGGGAGUGUGCCCGCUCUCAAGGGUUUCCAGACACCUACCGUUUCUUUGGGAAUGUCCUGGACAAGCACAGACAGGUUGGAAAUGCAGUGCCUCCGCCUCUAAGCAAAGCAAUUGGUUUGGAGAUCAAAAAGUGCAUUCUGGAGAGACUGAAGGAGGAACAAGGAUCAGAAAACGUUAAACAAGAGAAAAUGGAAGUUUCUGAAUAG